CAUCAAGGUUCUUCUAGCGGAAAGUGUGGUGCUUUCUGCAUUGCGACAGGACAAUUUACUUAUGCGUGUGAAACCAUUUUUCUCUUUAUAUAGUGUCCGCUGAUACCAAAUUGUUCCUCUGCUUGGCUGAGUACAGGCCCAGUACGUUGCGGAGCGCAAGACCCUGCUCAUGCCCCUGGGGCUGUUGGGUCUCCUGCUGAACGCGUCGUCAAUAAUCGAACCGGUGCUGGUGCCCGCCCUUGGCCGGGAGGUGAUGCGCGUUCUCAUGCCCACAAGCCGAGGUCCCUACGCGUGGCGCUCGCGCAACGAGCAGCACCUACGAGCCCUCGUGGACUGCGUUGCCUCGGGUCUUGACACCGACGACGUGGAAGAGGCCCUCGCCGCUCGGACCACUCUCGAGUCGGCCCUACUGGAGCCCCUCAUGGUGCUCUACAAGCGUCGGCUGCAAGAAGAGCUCGGCCGGGGGGUGCGCCUGCACAGCGAUUACGGCAACGCCGAGCUCUUCUUCGUACUCUGGGCGCUGAACCACUGCGGCCAGCGCGACGCCGAGACGAUCGUCAACGGCGCUCUGAGAAACUCGGGGCUGUUCGCCAGGGCGUUCCAAUGUUCCGUGAACCAGGCGAUGUGGUCCGGCAGCCGGUGUUCCUUCUGGCACUAGAGGACGACCCUCCCCCCCCCCCUUCUCAUUAGUUUUAAAAAUGUUUUAGCGUUUUUGUUGUCUGGGGGGCGAGGGAAUUUCGUUAGCCAGAAUGCGACCUUCGCUCAGUUAGCUAUACGUGGUAUGACGAGUACUUAUGCGAUCGCGAUACAAAUAUAAGAUUACUGAACUUCACGUUCGUUUUGAUUGUGAUCACGACCAGGGCCAUGCUGCUAAGAACCAGUGCUAUGUAGUGCGUUACGUGAUGAUUCGUGCGAAAUAUUUCGUAUGUAUAUACUAUAUAAGAUUAUUGAACUUAAUGUUCAUUUUAAAUAUUGUGAUUUACUGUGAUCACCAUCAGGGUCACCCUCCUCUCUAAGAACCAGUGCUAUGUAGAUCAUUACGUGAAGAAUGGCGCAAAAUGUUUCGUAUGUAUAUAUGAACGUGUUUAUAUAAACGUAUCGCCCGUAUAAUGCAUGUUCGUAAAUAAAUUUAUUUCAAAAACCACACUUGCAGGUGUAACUAACGUUGCAGUUCACUGUCCGGUACUGUUAUUUCAUUGCAAUAAAUGAUU